GUGGUUAAAGCCUCUAUGGACACUGGGACUCUCCUCAAACUCACCACACCAAGGGUCACAGUUACAACAGCUCUAUAUUUCAGAGCUGAUGCAAACAUGGACAGAGAUUCUCUGAGAGAAGGUAUAUCAUCUUAUUUCAAGACACUGGUCAAGGAGGACCCAAGUCUCUCAACAGCUGUGGCAGCCAUUAAAACUUUAUUACACUUCCUCGAAAAUAAUAAAAUUGAAACUUUGGCUGAAAUGAGAGACAGGCUAAAGGAGGCAAUACAGAUAUUGACCGAAACAGACAGCAGCACUACUUCUAUCUCCUCUGCUGGAGAGCUCUUCCUCCGCUUCAUAACCCUCACGAGUUUGGAACACCCAAACAUUCAAGAUUGCCAGAGAAUAUUGGUAGAAAGAGGAAACCUUUUCCUAAGCAAAAUCAAGAACUCUCGGCAGAAAAUUGCUAAACAAGCCCAGCAAUUUAUUAGAGAUGGAACGACCAUCUUGACACAUUCAAAGUCGAGAGUUGUUCUACAAGUUUUAAAGGAAGCCCAACAGAGCAACAAACGAUUCCAUGUUUAUGUGACAGAAUCUCGACCCAACAAAUCAGGUCUGGAAACAUACGAUGAACUGCAGAAAAUGGAGAUCCCUGUUACACUCGUUUUGGAUGCUGCAGUUGGAUAUGUAAUGGAGAAGGUAGACAUGGUUUUGGUGGGAGCAGAAGGCGUGGUGGAGAGUGGAGGCAUAAUUAACAAGAUUGGCACAUACACAAUGGGACUGACAGCAAAAGCCAUGAAUAAACCAUUCUAUGUAGUUGCAGAAAGUUUCAAAUUUGCUCGUUUAUAUCCACUUAACCAACAAGAUCUCCCCAAUGAAUUCAAGUACCACGCCAGUACUCUGAAGUCUAGUCCUGACCUGAUGAAGGAACACCCCUUGGUAGACUACACUCCACCCUCCUACAUAACAUUGCUGUUCACAGACCUCGGCAUUCUCACACCGUCAGCUGUCAGUGACGAACUCAUUAAAUUAUAUUGCUAACAUACA